GCAGACGAUUUAGCAGAAUGAAUUUUGUCCCACAAUGGCUGCCGUCAGCAGGAGCUGUCAUUACAGGGAAGCUAAAUCACCAUUCAGACGAAAAACAAUGCCUUUUAAAUCCUACUGGACCCUCGCUUUUCUUGUUUGUAUAGCAAAGCUGUGUUUUGCUGAAGACGACCAUGAAAUGGAAGAGUUUUUGAAGCGGGAGUUCUCUCUAUCCAAGCCUUACCAAGGUAACCGUUAUGCGUUUAUCUUCAGUGGGGAGGGGAGAUGUUUCUAGAAAAUCUCGGAAAGACCUCAAAUCACAACCAGCAAACCUUAUCGAAAUGUUCAGAUUUGUUUUACUAUCAUUAGAUCUUGAAGUGGACGCUGCUGCUGUAACCCUCUGCUUACAAACCUUUAGUUUAAUAUAAUCAGCCUAUAAGCUGAGCAGUCAUACACUGACUAUAACAGACUAGAUCAUUAUGUGUGAAGUGUUUGCCCCUGAAUUUGUCCUCCUUUUGCACCUGCUCCUUUAUUUUGUCAUGAAGCUGGAGGCUGUUUUGUCGUCUAUUUCAACAGACUCCAUUGUGUUGUGUCAGCUUUUGUCAUCAUUAUAAUAAUGGUGUGUUAUUUGUGUACUCAGGUGUGGGAUCCUUGGGUUCCUCCCACUGGGAGCUGAUGGGAGAUUCCAUGGUAACCACCGACCAGGUGCGCCUCACACCUGAUAUGCAGAGCAGACAGGGGGCAGUCUGGAGCCGGAUUGUGAGUAUAGGAGUAUUGAUCUCAUAUAUGUUGUCUCCACUAUUAUUCAUGCAAGAAUCAAGCAGAAUAAAUCUACUUUUGCUUGUUUUAUUGAUUUCACUAAAGCUUUUGAUUGGAUUUAUAGGGACUUUCUACAGUAUAGAUUGUUAAAAUCAGCUGUAAAUGGAACAUUUUAUAAUGCCAUCAAGUCUCUUUACCAAGCACUGGCUGCCUAUGUUCAGAUGAAUGAUGACAGAACUAGAUGGUUCCCUCAGCAUUUUGGGGUGAAGCAAGGAGAUAUUUUAUAUCCAACUUUGUUUGCAGUUUAUGUUAAUGAUCUAGCCCUUCAAAUUAAAGCUUCUGGCUCGGGAAUUACAGUUGACGAUCAAAAUGUAGCUUUAUUGCUAUACGCGGAGGACCUCGUCUUACUGGCUGAACAUGAAAGUGAUCUGCAGUUAAUGCUUGACAUUGCUGCAGAAUGGUGCUGGAAAUGGAGACUAGAGGCAAACCAGGAAAAAACCCAAAUAGUACACUUCAGACCAAAAUCACUACAAAGAAGUUUAGUUUAUUUAAUUUUGGGUCAAUAAUGUUGUCAUAUACUGAUCAGUAUAAAUAUCUUGGACUGACAUUAGACGAGCAUAUGACAUGUAAUGAUGCUGUUAGCACCUUAGCUCAGUCAGCGGGUAGGGCACUGGGGUCUGUCGUGAAUAAAGUGAACCACUGUGGUCAUUUAGGAUUCAACACCUUUACACAACUCUAUGAAUCAGGGGUAUGUCCAGUGUCUGAUUAUGCUUCUGGUGUUUGGGGUUCCAGAGAAUAUUCAAGUUGUAACGCUGUGCAUCAUAGAGCUAUCAGAUCCUUUUUGGGAGUCCAUAAAUUGACUCCAGUGUUGGCAAUUAAUGGUGAUAUGGGAUGGGAACCUCCAAGCAUCAGACACAAAUGCCAAAUGAUUAGGCUAUGGAACAGGCUGGUGAAGAUGGCUGACCAGAGACUCACAAAAAAAGAUUUUUAAUUGGGACUUUAGAUUUCGUAACUCCUGGACAACCGAAUUAAAAUCUUUAUUUUAUUCUAAUGGUUUGUUUUUUAUUCUCCAAAAUAAACUACAAUGUGAUGUAAAUGAAAUAAGACAUACAGUGUUUUCCAGAUAUAAAGAAAAGUGGAGUAAUGAUAUUUGGUAUAAACCUAAGUUGUGAUCUUAUUGUCUCAUAAAGGACAGGUACACAGCUGAACCUUAUGUGAAAUAUAAUUUAAGCAGAAGACAGCGAUCUCUAUGUGCACAAAUACGGUCAGGAACAUUACCAUUAGCCCUAGAGACAGGCAGGUUUAAUGCCACUCCAGAGGAGGAGAGAUACUGUAUGUUUUGCGAACUAGGUGACAUUGAAAAUGAGGUUCACUUUUUGUUUUACUGCCCUAAAUAUAUUGAUAUAAGAGAGGUAUUUGUUCGUAAAAUUAGGUGAUUAUGAAAAACUUGAAAUCUGUUUCGCUAAGGGAGCCUUUAUUGUAGCAGACUAUAUUUGUCAAGCUUGGGAACGAGACAAAACACAUUAUAUGGCUAUGAGUUGUAAUGGAAUGUAAUGUAUUGUAAAGCAUGUUGUAAACUGGAUUUGGUGUCUUAUAAACCCAUAAGGGUUGGGCACUUUAUGUGCAGGACACGAAAAUAAACUAUCUAUCUAUACUUUCAUACACUGACCGGCCCUAAUACUAUGAACACCCGGGCAGUCUAAUACAAUUAGUGAUGGGCACGACAGUUCUUCUAGAUGCACUGAAUCACUAGAAUCAGUUCACUAAAAAGAUUUGUUCAAAAGAUUCCUUCACCAAAUCACUGAAUCAUUAAGCGGGAGAAGCCUGCGACUCUCUAUUGUAUGCAAGUUGUUGUGGUGGCAAUUUAGAAGUGAAAAACAAGGUAGUUUUGUCCGACAAAAAUGAUUCCAAAGAGUGUAGUUCAAUGCGUGAUUCGUUCACCAAGUGAUUCAGGCAUUGGUGCAUGUGGUCCCUCGUUCGCCGGCUGCAGGCCUGGCAAUGCUGUUUCUCUCUUCAGCUUAACUGAAGUGAGAAACAAAUGAACCACCCGAGGAAGUGAUUCGGUUCAGUAGUUCACUUAAAAGAUUUGGUUCUUUUUAACAAAUCGUUCACGAACGACACAACACUAAAUACAUCCACUGUAAGCCAGAGUUUCUGUGUUCAUGCUUUAUUUGGCGACCAUUGUCUGUCUCUUGACCUAACCUGAUCUGAAGUGAGCUAUUUUUCUCAUCAGUCAUCCUUUAUGUAAUCUGUGUGUGUUUCCAGCCCUGCCAUCUGAAGGACUGGGAGAUGCAAGUGCACUUUAAGAUUCAUGGGCAAGGGAAAAAGAACCUGAACGGUGACGGAUUGGCCAUCUGGUACACUAAGGAGCGCAUGCAGAAAGGUAAACAAUUGUCUUUACACAGACUGACUCCUCAUUUUAAAAGUAUCAUUGUUGUGAGUUAUAAACUCUUUGUUUCUUUCUUCACUAUUUCAAAGGUCCUGUAUUUGGAAAUAUGGACAACUUCACCGGCUUGGGCGUGUUUGUGGACACGUAUCCCAAUGAGGAGAAACAGUUAGAGGUAUGCUGGAGUAAGGCUGCUUGGAUCCCACGUGUUGUUGGAGACAAAAGUGGAGUUGAAAGAGUGUAUGAACAGUAGCUCUGGCAAAUUUAUGUGAAGGGCUGUUUUGUGUUCUUUUGUGCAUCUAUUUGGAGACAGGCACAGAAGAAAAGAUAUACUCCUCGCACACAGGUAAAAAGCUUUUGAAAAAAUUGACCACAAUCAUGAGCUGGCUUCGGAGCCUCCACUGGUCAUUGAGCAUGCUUUUCUUUCUGCAAACACCCCCUUUUAGAUACACCAUAUUUUCUGUUUUGUUCCUGCAUGAUUGUUGUGUGGUUUAACCAAAGGGAUGUGAAUUCUUCUACUGAAUUUAUGUGACUGGUUAACUUAGACAAAUUGAACUAAAGAUUUCCUUAAUGAAGUUAUUCUGCAGAAUUAUUUUUAUGUUGUAUUUCAUCUGUUUCUCUCUUUUAAAGAUGAACAGUAGUGCUUCUUUUACUUUGAGCCGGCUCUCCAGGUGCAGAAAGUGAAGAUAAAUUCUUAUGAGUUGACUUUAUUGUCAUGUGUUUUCACAUCACAAAACAACAUUUCUUGUCGGUCUAAGGCCAGACCCACUCCAACACCUCUCAGUUCUGGCUUGAAGGCAUUUUGAGUGCAAAAUUUAAAUCAAAACUAUUUCUUUGUUUUGCUUUAUUAUUAUUUUUUAUGUUCUCCAAACCACAAGAGGAUCUUCCCCUUCGUUCUGGCCAUGGUCGGCAACGGCACCGUCAGCUAUGACCACGAUCGGGACGGCAGGCCGACAGAGCUGGGAGGCUGCACCGCCAUGGUGCGCAACCUCAAACACGACACCUUCCUUUUCAUUCGGUACAUCCGCCGCAGGCUCACGGUAAGAGACCCAGACUCUGAUUGUUGUCUCCUAUCAGUCGCUUUAAUAACACCGGGAGCUCACAAAGAGCAACCUUAUUUGCAUGCACUGAAGAGGCUGGGUAGGACUUGAUAACAUUCAUGUAAUCUGUAUUUGUGAAUAGGGUGGUUUGGCUCACCUGAAGUGAACCUGGUGCAGACAGACACACACUAGAAUGAUAAACAUUCAGUCAGUCAGGAAAAACAGAUGGAAUCAAAACAUUUUGCCAUUACAUUGAUUGGUGCGUACUGCUCUAAUUCAACAAAUUGUUAACAGCUGUUCACAUAUAAUCCACAUUCAGGAUGUGAAAGGGUUCUAGUUUUCAGUCACUGUUGCCAACACGUUUUAUGAAAAGUUUGACAUCACUGGACCCUCUCUAAGAGUGACAGUCAGUCUCUUUCUGCCUCUGUGCCUCAGAUUAUGAUCGACAUUGAUGGACAGCACGAGUGGAGGGACUGCCUCGACAUACCGGGGGUGCGGCUUCCUCAGGGCUACUAUUUUGGAGCCACAGCCAUCACAGGAGAUCUCUCAGGUAAACAGCUGUCUCUGUUUUACCUUUGUGAACUCAUCCCAUUUCACUGACAUUUCAAACCCAACUUUGAUUUGCUUGAUUUAGCUAAACCAUCACCUCUGUCAGGAGAUCCAGACUCCUGGCGUUCAAACUCAACAAGCUGAGGAGUUUUUUGUCACAGCUCAAGUCAUCACACAACUAAAUAAUCUUUUAUGAAACAUUUUAUUUAAACUACUUAUUGCUAUUGAUGGUAUUAAGUUGCCCUUGAAUGCAUUCUUUGAUGAUGUGUCCCUGUGAUUUGUGUAUUUGGGUGUGUUCUUUAAGUGUCUGAGUUUUAUGGUUCUAGCUGGCUGCAAAGCAAAUUUCCCCUGAGGGGAGAAUAAAGUAAAGUGAGGUUAAGGAUACGCUUUGAUUAUAUCAGAGUUAGGAUGAAUUGAUGGAUCUGCUGUUUGAAAAGUACAUCCUUCUGUACUCCACCUUUCCUUAAUGUUAUUAAUGUUUCACCCCCAGGAAACAAUCAUUUUGGUUAUCGUAGGUUAACACCUUUGAGUGCCUUUUAAAAGUUGAUUGCAAUCUACCUCCUCACCACUAGAUGCCACUAAACACUGUUCAUUUUAAUUAACAGUUCAUUCAUGGUAAUGAGUUAUUUUGUAUAUUAACAAGAAUAGACGCUUUAGCUGCUUGAGUCAAAGAACAAAUGAAGGACAUGUUUAGACUCAAGUGUGUGGCCCUUUUAUCGCAUCUAUUCUCUGAUAUGUCGUCAUUUUCUAUAUGUUUGACCUCACUGUCAUAACGCUCAAUUCACAGACAACCAUGACAUCAUUUCCCUCAAACUCUACCAGCUGACCGUGCUGCGGAGUAAACAAGAAGAGGAAGAAGAGGAGGAAGAGAUAACUAUACCCAGUGUUGAUAACUUUGAACUACUCCGAUGUAAAGACACAAACACACUCACUCUCUUAAAUGUGGGGUUUCAUGUCACUUCCUUCAGCUGCUUUUUUAACCCGUUCUUUACCUGUGCUCCUCUCUUCUAGUGGGUCAGACUGAAGAAGGGAUGAGCGGUGUGGCCAUUUUUUUCACCGUGCUCUUCUCCAUGCUGGGCUGUAUCUUCCUCAUCGUGAUCGGCCUGGUGGUCUACAGCCACUGGAGCGAGAGCAGACGCAAGCGCUUCUACUGAGAUAACAGCCAGAGGAGGGGAUUGUUGAAUAACUGAGGUCUGUGAACCCAGCUGCACUGAGACAUCAUAAGACCGUCCUGUGAUCCAGAAGAGUGCAGUACUUUGUUCAUCUCGAGGAGGACACUGAACUGACCAGAGAUGACGCUGAUGAAUCACCUGCUCCUACAGCCAUCUGACAACUCUGCCAUUGGUCGACAUGAAGCAGUGAGAGGACUUGAUUGUUCCACCUCAGCUCCUGCCUGACAUGCACCAACUUGGCCUUACCACCUCCACCUUUGUUACAGACGUGCAAUCAUGUCACAUGACUUGAUUCUUUUUGCAAAAGUUUAGCGUUGUGGUGUUCCUUUCAUGGCUUGAGAGAUUCAUUUACACCAUACAAAAACCUGUGCUCCCAAUAGCAGUCCACCUCGCCGUCCAUUAGUGAUUCAACAAGAGGAGAGAUUCGUCUUCACUCUUUUCUUUGCAUUAGAAAAACAGUUCAGAGCCUUUUACACUGUUGUUUGACUCUAAAGUAUGUAUUGGAUAGUUAAUCGUUUACCCUCAUCCUCUAAGUGUUGUAUGCAUGAAAAUUUUGAGAGUAUUUUUAUGAAUCUCAGAUAAUUAUGGCGCCCCUUGUAAAGGUCCUUUCACACUGGAACCCUUUAUCUUCGUGUGAUUAUUUUGGAUGCCAAUAUUUUUUUCGAACCCAUAUCCCGUCAAUACAAGCGUUCACAUCAGCGACGUUUUCCCGUCCUGCGAUAUUGCGGCAUUUUUUUUUGUGGAUCACAGUCGAUUUUUCUUAAGUUUGGCAUACUGUGUGUCCACUUCUGACUAAUCAGAUUGCGUGUUGUUGUGACGUCUGAUUCACCGGUAUAUCCAACAUGGCCGACCGGCUGAUUGUUUCUGUGUCGGAGAACAGAGUGCUUUUUGAUAAAAGACACAAACAUUACAAAGAUAACGACCUGAAGGAUAGUUUGUGUGCUUUAACAGUUUGCUAAACGUCUUUGUUUUAACUUUCAUCUGUGCUAAGUAACUUUAGCUCGUAAGCUAACCUGUUCAGAUACAACAUACCAUAUGUAUUUUCACUGUCUCAAACUCAAUCGCGUUGCUGUCACAGCACCAUUAGGUCUCGGUUGUUACCUUACAUUUAUGGAUUAUAGUUUAAUGUGCUUAUCUGGUACUGGCCCCGACUCAGUACAUGCUAUCACGACCAUAGACUGUAUAUACUAUGGACAACUUGGUUCCGCCUACCGCUUGUAUACGGAUUUGAAGCCAAAAAGCUCUCGGUAUUUCCGGGAUUUUUCUUCAUUUCUUGAAACCAGUAGCCGAGAGUCGCUGUGAUGACGCUCCGCUCAAACAGCGUAUCCCCCAGAUGAGCUACACAAUCCCUGAACGCCCAUAGGCUGUAUCAGAUGUCAAUCAUAGAAAACAUGAACCCCCUAAUGACUUUUAAAAACGGAGCUUCACAGAAAAAAGAGGACUUGAGCACAAACCAGUCUUACAAUAACUACAUGUCAACAUCACAACCAGGGGGGAGAAAAAUUUAUGAUCUGUGUAAUAAAUUUCUAAAGUUUGUCCACAGCCCCAUAAGCUUUGCUGGCGGAGGCGGGAUUCAUGACCUAUACUGCCGCCCAUCAACAGAGGGUGCUGUUCUCGGAGUGGCUUCACUCAGCAAGGACGCAGUCUCUGUCCAUUCUAUAUACAGUCUAUGAUCAUGACAGACAGCCAUCUCAACACUAGUGUCUAAUCAGAACUGAAAAACACUCAGUCUGCUGUUGUGUCAGUCUUCUCGCUUCCACCUGGAACGCGUCAUUUUUCCCCCCGGAAAGUCGCAAAAUCGCGUCACACUUGAUGUGUAAAAAUUCGCCUCAGAAUAUUUUUAAUUUCACAUCAGAUAUUCGCAUCGGUCCCGGUGUGUAAGGACCUCAAGGCUUAGGGAGAGCUGAGUUUGUCUCAUUGGGGCAUGUGCAGAGAGUUUGUGUGUUUCAGGGAGAAUAUUUAAUCUUUAUUGAAUUUUUAAUUUUUGAAACAAUCUUGUGAAAUAUUUAUAUUUCUUUUAAAUGUAAUUACAGAAGAUUUAUUGGCAUCAAAGCGAAUUGCUCCAAAUGUAUUUCAAACAGAUGCUUUUAAAUGUUUGCCUUGCACUGAAGGGAGAGCUUCAAAGAGUUUAUUGACUACUCAUUACAUAACUUUUACCCAGUCCCUUUUUGUUUACCUUUUUUUUUGUGUUUGCACUUUGAAUGCUACAACAGCCUUUCUUAUUGUUGUUUUGUUGUGUCCUAUUUAAAAGCACUACACUUCUUUAUAAGUUUUUUCUUUUUUUAAUGAACCGCACAAACAUGCUGGUUUUGCCUCAGGAUGCUUGUAAAGAUCAUUUAGAGUUUUUACUGUUUUAGUUCAAUCCUACGCUGUGUGAGGAUGUUCUCACCUCCUAUAGCCACUUUAACAACCGUCCUACCUUAUUUAUACACUACCAUCUAUUUUUCACCUUCUGUUUGUUGUUUUUAUUUGAACACCGUGCCUCUCUCUCAUUGUAUGCCCCAUGUCUUAUAACCAUUAUGUUUCUUUGUCCUUAACUUAUUCAUGUGUUAUUAAAGUAAACAAUAAGUCUCUACACUUAUUGUUUAAGAUGA